ACGUUGACUAUAAAUAUUCCACACCAACAUUUAAUUCUAAAUCUUUUAGCAUGCAACAUGGAUCGUGUUCCAGAGAAGACUCAAUAGUUCCCAGCAGGACUACUGAUGAUUACAGGAAUGAACGUUUCCAAAUUACCGAUGAAAACUAUUCCAAUGGUGCACUUAAUGAAAAAAAGUUUGCUGAAAAGACAACGUACUGUCGACCUUCUACAACGUUCAAACAGGAAUUCAUCAACAAGACUGUAGAAAGGAAUAACAGAUUACAAAGGCUAGUGAAGAAGCUAAUUCUCAUCAGAAAGAAAGAAAAACAAACAGAAGCAUGGAAUAACUAUAUCAAUGAAUUAAAAAAUAAACAUAAAUAUUAUGAUACCGAGUUUGAUCGAAUAAUAGGACGCCAUACUCUAGAGGAACCUACGCCACACGAAUACAUUAAUGACUACUACGACAAUCAGUCAAGGCCUUGUCGAAAUUUGUUACAAGACUUCUACGACGCAUAUAGUACCAUGGAACUGAAUUCAAAUAAUUGCAAAAUAGAGCAACGAUAUCCCCAAAACUAUAAGUCAGCGCCACGUCAGAACUACAGAUCAUAUUUUUCUCAAUCAAAUUGCUAUCCAAUGUCUUCACAGGGUCGUCUUAUGAUGUUAAAUAGAGAAAGAAAAAGAAAUCCUAAUGAAUGGCAACAACGUCCUACAAGACCUGUAUAUGGGAAUGUAAUUUAUGUUGAUAAAGAACCUCCUCGUGCGAGACCAAGAUUCAAUGAUGAUUCUCCCAGAAGAAAAUGCUGUUGUGCAAUAGCCAAUUGUGCCAUACAAACUGAACAUAGUGUCCAAUUUGCAGAUGAAGUCGCCAACGAGGAGGUUAAAGAAGAAGGAACAAAUACAGGCGCAGAAGCUGUGCAAGAAACUGUUAAAGAGGCAUACGCUAGAGUUUCUGAAAAUGUUGAAAGAUUGAAGGCAAGAAUUCAAGAAUCCUGCAUUGUUGAUCGACGUGCAGUUUUAGAAAGCAUAGAAAACAAAUUGGAUAGUUUAAUUACUUCAAUUAAUUCUUUCAUAGAUGAGGUAAAAUCUAGAACUUACGUCAACCAAUGCUAUGAUUGUCGUUCAGUAUAUUUGGAUCGUCCUAAACCUUGUAGCCAUAACAUGAAUGUUACCAAAAGUGAUACUUAUGGAAUGAAUAAAGCUGAAAAAUUGGUUUGUGGAAUUAUUACAGAAGAUUGUAGUACGCCAUCAACAUCAGGAUUAGAUAAAAAAUUAAUAGAAAAAUCGAGAGGGACAACCAUUGAUAGAAUUCUUAUGGAAGAAAUUAAUAGCAGUAACCGAGCAAAACAGGACAUUGAGAAUAUGUUAAGUGGGAGCGUUGGUUGUCCGUGCUCUGUUCAGAUUUCAUUUGACAUUCCCACGAAAGAACGGUCUACUGAAGUUACGGAGUCUUUAGAAAAGGCUGUGCCUAAGUUAGAGGACAAUACAUCUGUUUCUAUCGAGGAAAUAGACAGGAGCGUAGGAGAAGGUGAUGCUCCCCAGAUGACUAUAGCCGUGAACACUGAUCCUUUGGGAUUGUUGGCGUUGUUGCGGGUAUCCAAAGAGGCUGUGAAGCAGCUGUUGUCUUAUAUGCCGAAUAUUCCUUACCAUUCCUACAUACUGUCGAUGAUGAACACCCCGCAAACUAGUCAAGCCGCUAGCUACAUUUGUAAUAUUUGUGGAGCAGCUUUCAGGCGGCCGUCCCAGCUUAGCGACCAUAUUCAAGGGCACGACUUGACUAAAACAAGAGAUUGCUGCGUAUGCCGGCACAUCCUGGACAUGCAGCGCCACCGUUCCCCGGGGCUGUUUCUGUGCCGGUACUGCGGGCAGCGGUUCACGCGCGCCUAUUGCUGCGAGCUGCACCAGGAGGCCUGCGCCAGGCGCCUGGGCCGCACCCACGACGUCUCGCCCAGCCUCAUGCUGCUCAGGUAGCUUCAGGCAAGUGGUGCGGUUCAUUUGAUGACAAUUCAAUCAAUUUAAACGCCAAGUUAGCUUGUUAAAAAGUAUUUGAAAUCACGCAAGACUUUGACUUUAUUAUCAUUGCUGUCUUUGUCAAAUAAAUUAAUAUUAUUUCUAGUGAAAUCGGUAAAUGUGUUAUUUAUGUAAUUGAGAAGUUUAAUUUUGAACUGUGUCUUGUAAAUUCGUAUU